CCACAGCGACAACGGUGGUCAAAAACAUGGGGCUUGAUAUGGGCAUGUACGAUCUUUUUGAGUAUUUCCUCAGUCGUCCAUGGCUUUUACUGGUUUUGUUUCUGCUGUAUGUUUUUAUUUAUGCACUGUCAGUUUUGAUGUCGGGUCCAAGGCCAGGAAAGAAUCCGUUCUCAGUGUCACACAUAAAACCGGUUGGAGACCUUGUGACUGAUAAGCAGGUGCGCGACAGAGUGAUCAAACAGAGGUUCAAGAUAUCCAAGGUCCCGGAAGAAAUAGAUGACAUUAUCAUCGGAAGUGGUAUUGGUGGUUUGGGGGCUGCGUCUAUAUUGUCUCGGUCAGGUCACUGCGUUCUAGUUCUGGAGCAGCAUGAUCAGGCUGGAGGAUGCUGUCACACAUUCCAUGAGAAAGGCUAUGAGUUUGAUACUGGUAUUCAUUACAUCGGUAAGAUGUAUGAAGGAGCUGAUAACAGAGCCCUGAUCGACAUGGUGACAGGGGGUAAAAUUGAGUAUCCAAAGAUGACCGAAUGUUAUGAUGUGGUUUGCCUCGGAGGUUCUGAUAAGGUGAAGAAGUUCAAAAUAAUGGACAACAGAAAGGCUUUCGCAGAAGAGCUCAUCAAGAACUUCCCUGAAGAAAAGGAAGCCAUUGAAAAAUUCAUGGUUUUACUCAAGGAUGCCAGGUCCUAUUUUAUGGGAUUUUAUGUGCUGAAGGUUUUACCAAAAUGGCUUGCAUCCCUAUUGUCAUCCAUUGGCAUUAUGGACCUAGUGUUUCGUCCUUGGUCAAAGUAUACGUCCAAAUCCACAAAGGAGGUCCUUGAUUCUCUCACAGAUAAUGAUGACCUGAAGGCAGUGUUAACAUACAGCUUUGGCGACUAUGGUGUGGCCCCAUCCAAGUCCCCGUUUGGACUUCAGGCAACUCUGUUGAACCACUAUAUGGGUGGAGCUUUCUAUAUCAGAGGUGGACCCAGUGAGAUCGCACUUCAUGCUAUACCUGUCAUAGAGAAAAGUGGUGGCCGUGUCCUUGUCAACGCGCGUGUCAACAAAAUCAUCCUUAGUGACAAAGGCAGAGCAGUUGGUGUGGAGGUAAAGACAGGUGACGGAAGUACCCAGAUAUUUGCCAAGCGUGUCAUCUCUGAUGCUGGAGUAUUCAACACUUUCACCAAAUUACUACCACAGGAAGUGGCACAAAAGUCAAAGCUCUAUCCAGCAAUUAAGAAUGUUGGAAACAGUCUCUCCUACAUGUCUGUAUUUAUCGGGAUGGAUGGAUCACAACAGGAACUUGGCAUUGAGGGACACAACAUGUGGUGCUUCAACAGGACUGAUCAGGAGAAGGCGAUGUACGAAUGGCUUGAUAUGUCUGUGGAAGAUGCAGCCCACAGCGAGGUUCCGUUGAUGUUUGUCUCCUUCCCGUCUGCCAAGGAUCCUACCUGGCCACAACGUUUCCCAGAUAAAAGUACCUGCCUAAUCAUAACAGUAGGAAGAUUUGAAUGGUUCGCACGGUGGCAGAAUGAGAGGCUGAAGCACCGUAGUGAGGAGUAUGAGGGUCUGAAGAAUCGCAUGGGAAGACAGAUGUGGAAUCAGCUGACUGCCAUUUGUCCAAAACUAGAGGGAAGGGAUGACUACUUCGAGGUUGGCUCCCCUCUCAGUAGCAAAUACUACAUGGGAUAUGAAGAGGGAGAAAUAUACGGACUGGAUCAUACCAUUAACAAAUUCCUUCCAAGUUCUGCCAUUCAACUCCGUCCCAAGACUGAUAUACCAGGGCUUUACUUGACAGGUCAGGACAUCUUGGUGUGUGGUUUCAGUGGUGCUUUGUUUGGUGGCAUGUUGUGUGCAUCCUCCGUUCUACACCGUAACCUCCACAAUGACCUUGCAAAAGUUGUGAAGGAUGUCAAAGCAGCUGCUAAAGCAGAAAAGAAGACAUCUUAAGCCAAUGCUAGAGGAUGAGAUAAAAUCCAACAUACAUAUACAAGUUUAGACUGGUCCAAAUAUCUAAAAGAAAUUUUCUCACCUACAAAUUUAAAGGUACAUUCAAGUGUUACCUGAAUGAAAACAGCCCAGAACCUUCACAGCAAAACAAAUUGGCUUAUUACUAUAUGUUAUAGAUUAAAAAAAUUCUUGUAUUUAAUUCUUUUGGUAAAAUGGAAACAGAUUUAAAUUAUUGUCAUUGGUCUGGACAAGAAUUUUUUUUUUCACAGACAUUGGGUAAAAACAAUGUAAAUGUUCUUUUAGAAAAUGUUUUGAUGAUGUGAUGAUGUGAAAUAAAUACAAGAAUAUUAAAGGGAUCUAUAUUAGUAGAGUUUGUAAAAAACAACAGUAGGUAGGUUGGUCUGAUCAAUAGGUAGGUUGGUCUGAUCAAUAGGUAGGUUGGUCUGAUCAAUAGGUAGGUUGGUCUCAUCAAUAGGUAGGUUGGUCUGAUAGUGGUAUGAGUAAAAUAAUAGUAAAAAAAAAUAUGUCAGCAUUAGAAAAAAAAAGUUUUGUUUGCUUGAUUUUGAAUAUCACAUUAUGUUUUGCUAAUUUCAUUGUUUGAUCAGUUCAGAAGUUUUGGGCAUUAAUGUGAAAUGCUGAUGGUAUCUGAUUUGUCUACCAACCAUUAAGAAACCUUUGUAGUAGUAGCUAAGUGUGAUUAACAGCAAGGAAACAAAUGUGUAGGUGGUGGCUAUAUCAUUGUAAGGUGAACAAUUUGAUGUAAGUAAGAUAAAAAUCUGGAUGAUACCCAGUAAUAGUAUUCCAUUAUUACUGUAUAUCAUUGGACAUGUAUAACAUGUGGAAGGAUAUAUUAUGUAUUUAGCUAACCCAUGACUGUAUAAAGACAUUUUAUUUAAGUGUCAUACUGUUACUAACUGUUGGAACAGAACACUAGUGACCUCUGCAUUACUUGUUGCAAGGAAAUGAAACACUCACAAAGAAUAAUUUGUAUUUUACAUCACUACUUUUUUGACUAUACCUGGUUAUGUCCCCUUAUACAAACCUGGAAUAGUUGCUAUAUAGUGAUAUGCUUUUCAAGGCUGGUUUAAAAUUAAACCGGUUAAAGGGUAACAUGUUUAAAGUGAUAUAAUGUUCGUUGGAAAUUACGUUUUUUAUUAUCCAAAAUUAUAUAUUGAAUCUUCUUUCAAAUGGAAUAUUUUUCUGCUGCAAUACACAUCUCUAUAUGUUAUUCUUCCUCAUUGGUGAAAACACAUUUUUGUUAAUGUGUACAGAUAUAAAUGUUGCAUCAUAUUAAUGGAGUGUCCAUUUAAUAUGGAUUUCAUUAAACAACUUCAAUAGUUUGUUACGCUAUUAGAAAUGGUGAUAAUAUCAAAUUAUUCAUCUUUUUACCCUUGCCCGUCACACUUUUCAUCGUCUUUAUGUUGAAGUAUAAGCAUUCAUUGGUAUCUUAUUGAAAAUUUAAUAUAUUAUACCAUUACAAAAAGAACCAAAUGUUUUAUGCAGAUGAACUAUGUAUGAUUAUCAUCAGGAAAGCUUUCUGUACCCACUGAUAGUAAAAUUUAUUGCAUGAGAAAUUCAGUCAAAAUAUGUUUAAAAUCAAAGAAGUUUGAAUCCAAAAAUGUUGCAACAAUCUUAGACUUUAAGAGUGUUGGUUCUGCCAAUACUUCAUCUUCUCAAAUUGUCAAAUUGUUAAUUCUUUAUACUUCAGGUCUUUACAUCACCUGACUGUCCUAUUUAGAAUCCAUAACAAUAAGUGUUUGUUUAAAUGUUGUUUUAUGUAAUACUUUGUUCAGUAUUGUAAAACUUUUUUCAUUUAACAGGAUAUUCUAGUUGUUUUGUGUGAACAAGUCAUUCUGAUAAAGGGAAUGUGUUGUUCAGUUGAAACAAACCACAUAUAUAAAAAAGUAUAUAUAAUAUAUAAAAAAGUAUAUAUAAUAUAUAAAAAAGUAUAUAUAAUAUGUAAUUACUGAGUAUUUAGACAGAAUUAUAACUUAUGAUAUUAAAAGAAAUAUGUAUUUUUGUAUCUGUAAUGACUAAAGGUAGUUAUAUUUGUGGUUCUAGAAUACCAAACAAUGUUAUCUGUCCUAAUGGAAGCUAGUUGUACUGUCAUACCUCCAGACAACAUCAAGAUUCCCUGGAGGAAGGAGAAGACUUUGAUAUUAGUAAUGAAUGGAGCCUGAAUCACUCAUACA